AUAAGACUGUUGUAAGCUGGUAACAUUAACAAUUGCCGAGUUUCGUGGAUCGUGGUAGCUGCGUGUUAAAUAUCGUUUGCUUCAUCCAAAAUAAUAUUUUUUUAUUUGGCGAUAAAGUUUUAUAAUUAGAAAAGAAGAAUAAGUGAUUUAAAAAUGGCUAUUGGCGCAGGAAUGUCUUGUGUGAAGUACUUGUUAUUUUCCUUCAAUCUUUUAUUCGCCAUAACAGGAUUGAUAAUCCUGAUAGUUGGUGCCAAGUCAGAAAUCAACGCUCAUCCUUAUGUUAGCCUGACCGAUGAGAGUUUCUACACAUCAGCUCCGGUAAUCCUGAUCAUCGUUGGCCUGAUUGUGUUUGUCGUCGCCUUCUUUGGAUGCUGCGGUGCUGUUAAGGAGAACCACUGCAUGAUUGUAACGUUUUCAGUGUUCCUGCUGAUGAUAUUCAUAGCUGAGCUCGCGGUCGGCAUCGCUGGUUAUGUGAAGCACACGGAGCUUGAAACAUCCAUAGUGCGCACUCUCAACGCAUCGAUCCAGCAAUACUCGACCGACCCGGACAUCAAGAAAAACUACGACAUUAUCCAGACUGAUAUGCAAUGUUGCGGUAUAUACGGUGUGUCGGACUGGAAGGCGAGCGGACAACCCAUCCCGGCCACGUGCUGCGCCGGACAGGAGAUCACGAACAACAUGACCGUCGACUGCACUCCCGACUCCCCCAGCAUCCACAAGAAGGGCUGCCUCGACCUGAUCCUCAACUACAUGAAAGAACUAGCGCUCGUCCUGGGUGGAGUUGGACUUGGAAUUGCAUUUGUGCAACUGCUCGGAGUCGUAUUCGCAUGCUGUCUCGCUCGCUCGAUCCGCAGCCAGUACGAGACUGUCUAAAUAAGUUCGGCGUCAUCUACGUUUUAUAGCGAUUCCAUUAUAGUUUAUAUAAAUUGAUCUGUUCAUAACAUGUUGUGAUUAAGUGAAAGUCCAAUGUUUUGUUAUUUUUAUAAUUUGAAUAUUUAAUUUUGUAAUUAAUUAUUUUUAUAUUUUAUUCCAUACAAAUAUAUUUCAACAGAGAAAUAUGUAUUCAGUACUGGUAAACAUCAUUAAUGUAUCAGCUUAGACGACGUGAAGCACAAAGAUCACAGAGUGCUCAGGAUAGAAGACUGAUUUUCAAAUAGCAACGGAUUUUCGAAUGCCAAAACAAUUUCAUCACAUGCACUUCGUAAAUUAUAUAAUGUUUAAAAUUUUAAUAUUUAGAAUUUAGUAAAUGUAUUCUACUAUCUCUUCUACGUAGUUUUAUGCACGUUUGUAUUGGAGGAGGUUUAUGAGAUGCACAAGUUUGAGUAUUAUGAUCUCAAAUUUUGCAUCUUAUAAAACAAUAUGUGGAGCAAAGUAUAUUGGAAGUGUUUCUUAGUAUUUAUAUUUACAUCAAUAAAUCUGUAUAUGAUGGUA